AUGAUUGAAGCUAUAGCCAAACCAUUUACCAUAUUGCGGAAUGCCCUCUGGGGAAAAUCACCUUCGGACCCUAAAGAACGACGAUAUUUAUUCAAACUAGACGUGUUUGUGCUCACAUAUGUAUGUCUUCUUUACUGGGUCAAUUACCUAGAUCGCGCCAAUGUAGCAAAUGCAUACGUAUCGGGUAUGCAAGAAGACUUGGGAUUGUCUGGUGACGACUUUAAUGUCAUCAACACGAUAUUCUAUGUUGGAUACAUUAUUUCAAUGGUUCCUCACAACUUGAUCUUGCUUAAAGUUAGGCCGCGGUACUGGCUAACUAUUUGUGCUGGUGUUUGGUCAAUUCUUACUUUAGCUACAUACAAGGUUACCCAUUUUUAUCAAAUUUGUAUAAUUCGGUUUGUGCAAGCAAUGUUUGAAAGUUGUAUAUUUGGCGGAGUACAUUUAAUUUUGGGUUCAUACUACACUGAUGCUAGGGACUUGAUUAUACGAACAUUUGUAUUCACAUCGAGUGGUUUAGUAGGGCAAAUAUUUUCUGGUGUGAUACAAGCAGCAGUGCAUCAAAACAUGGAUGGGUGGCAUGGAUUGGCAAGCUGGAGGGUAUUGUUUAUCAUGGACUUUUUUUGCAGUUUCCCUAUUGUUAUAUUCGGUUACAUAUUCUUUCCUGAUGCGCCAGAUAUUGGCAAACCAUUUUACUUUACAGAGGAAGAACAUCAAAUGGCCUUAGAGAGAUUGGUCAAACCCAAGCAUGACAAGUUUGGAUGGGACGUACUUUGGCGGGUGUUUGGAAAGUGGCACUGGUAUUUAUUUGGCAUGUUAUGGAUUGUUGGUGCAAUAAAUGAAUCAUUUGCAACCAAUAGUGUGUUUGCAUUGUGGUUGAAGUAUUACGACUAUUCGGUUCUGGAAAGAAAUCAUUUCCCCAUGGGUGUAUAUGCUGUUGGUGUAUUGGCUACUGCUGCGUCGGCGUAUUACAUAAGAAGUGUUGGUAAUGGUAAACUUUACUGGCACAUAUCAUUAGCUAUUGCGCUCAUUGUGUUGAUAUCACCAAUUAUCCAGCUUUGCCAGCCAUUUACAAAAGAGUAUGUGUUUGUUGCCCAAUACUUGAGUGGGGUGUCUUAUGCAGCACAAACAGUAUCCUUUGGUUGGGCCAAUAUUAUAUGCGCUGAUGACUUACAAGAACGUGCAAUAGUGAUUAGUUCUAUGAAUAUGUUGGGAAACAUCAUGAAUGCAUGGUGGUCUAUAGUAUUCUUUGCUGCUGAUACUGCGCCAAAGUUUCGCAAUGGUGCUAUUGCGCUAAUCAGCUCAUCUGCCGCUACAGUUAUUGUUGUUGCAGCAAUUGCUUGGCUACAAACGAGAGACGAAAGGGCAGUGGGUGGUUUGGUGAAGCAAAUGGACUAUGAGGGGAUGGCAGAGGAAAUCACCACUGAAAAAGGUAAUGAUAAAGCAAACCCAAAUGUAAGCACUAGCUAA